AUGCAACCAAAUGGGAUCGUUAGCACAUGGUAUUCUGUCACCACCAAAAUGACACUACACAUCCUUGAGCUUGCCCGAGUCACCCCUGCAGCCGAUUCGGACUCGCUCGCAAUCCCGUUGACUUUCUUCGAUAUACCAUGGUUACUACUCCAUCCAAUCAAGCGAGUCUUCUUCUACAAACUCACUGACUCCACUCUUGAGCAUUUUCACUCAUUCAUCCUCCCUAAGCUCAAACUCUCCCUCUCCUUAGCCCUCACCACCUACCUCCCUCUCACCGGCCGCAUCGUCUGGGAUCCAACCGAACCCAAACCGAACAUCAUCGUCUCCGAAAAUGACGCUGUUUCGGUCACCAUUGCUGAGACUAACGCUGAUUUCUCACUUCUUUCCGGAUAUGGACAACGACCAGUUUCCGAGUUACUCAACUUAGUACCGGACUUACCAGGUUCCAAUGACUCAGCCACAACAUUCUCCCUCCAAAUCACCUUGUUUCCCAACAAAGGCUUCUCCAUAGGCGCCGCGCUACACCACGCCGUUUUAGACGGGAAAACAGUAAGCAUGUUCUUCAGAUCUUGGUCUCACUUGUGCAAACAACUACUAAAAGAGGAAAGUGUCAUCCCCUCUCUGCCAAAGACUUUAACUCCAUCACUUGAUCGGUCGUUGAUCAAAGAUCAAACCGAACUCGAUAAAAAGAUGAUCGACUUUGUGAGAUGUCUCAAAAAGGACAAAAGCCUGACUCCAGUUCCCGUCCUUGAACUAGGACACGACGUUGUCCUAACCACCCUCGUGCUGACUAGCACUGACGUCGAGAAACUCCGGGAACAAGUCAAGAGCCAAGAUCAGAGCCUCCUCCACCUGUCGACUUUCGUCGUGGCGUAUGCCUACGUGUGGACAUGCCUCGUGAAGGCGCGUGGAGGAAGCGGGGAGAGGUUAGUGAGUUUCAUCUUCGCUGGAGAUUUUAGAGAGCGUCUUGAUCCGCCGCUUCCGGCGACUUACUUUGGAAACUGCGUGUUUCCGGUGGGUAGUUACUACCGGACGGCGGCGGAUUUCGAGGGGGAUGGAGGGUUUGUUACGGCGGUUGAGAUCUUGAGCGGUUUGGUGAGAGGUACGGUUCGGUUGCUGGGUCGGUUCGGUAUAUAUGAAACGGAUUUUGGGUGGGGGAAACCGGUUAAGAGUGAUGUUGUUUCCAUCAGAGGAGAGGUGAUCUCUAUGGCAGAGAGACGUGAUGGAUCAGGUGGCGUCGAGAUUGGUGUGUGCAUGAAGAAGACUGAUAUGGACGAUGUCCUUACUUUGUUCAACCGUGGUUUACAAAACUGA